CUUUAUCGGAUCGUGUGGCCGGCACUUCUUCCCCGCCCCGCUGGCAACGGAGGUGAAGUAGGAGUCGAGGCGAGUCCAUUUCACAGAUCGCUGGAUCAGCAUGCUUUGUGCGCGGGCAGAGGCACUGAUGCUCCUGGGAGCGCUGUUGACUGGAUCCCAGAAUCCAGCGAGUUGCCAGGACUCACCCUCACUACCCUGGGAAGUGCAGCGCUAUGACGGCUGGUUCAACAACCUGAGGUACCACGAAAGUGGCUCUGCAGGAGCCAGACUGCAACGACUUGUACCGGCCAAUUAUGCGGAUGGUGUGUACCAGGCUCUGGGGGAACCGCUGCUGCCCAACCCGCGCCUGCUCAGCAACGCCACCACUCAGGGUGCCGCGGGAAAGCCAUCUGGCAGAAACUUCACGGUGCUAGGGGUUUUCUUCGGUUAUCACUUACUCUCGGACUUGGUGAGUGUGGAGAGACCCGGCUGCCCUGCUGAGUUCCUCAACAUCGAAAUCCCACCUGGAGACCCCGUGUUCGACCCUGACGGGCGUGGGGACGUGGUCCUGCCCUUCCAGAGGAGCCGCUGGGACCCCCAGACUGGCCGGAGUCCAAACAACCCCCGGGACCUGACCAACGAGGUGACCGGCUGGCUGGACGGCAGCGCCAUCUAUGGCUCCUCGAACUCCUGGAGCGACGCGCUGCGCAGCUUCUCCAGGGGGCAGCUGGCGUCCGGGCCCGACCCCGCCUUCCCCCGGGAAGCGCAGGAGCCCCAGCUCAUGUGGAACGCGCCCGACCCGGCCACGGGACAGCGCGGGCCGCGGGGGCUGUACGCGUUCGGGGCGGAGCGGGGGAACCGCGACCCCUUCCUGCAGGCGCUGGGUGUGGUGUGGUUUCGCUACCACAACUUGUGGGCUCAGAGGCUGGCCAGCCAGCACCCGGACUGGGGGGACGAGGAGCUGUUCCAGCAUGCUCGAAAGAGGGUGAUCGCCACAUACCAGAACAUAGCCAUGUAUGAGUGGCUGCCCAGCUUCCUACAGACAACACCCCCAGAAUAUACAGGAUAUCAUCCUUUCCUGGACCCCAGCAUCUCCCCAGAGUUCCUGGCUGCCUCUGAGCAGUUCUUCUCCACCAUGGUCCCUCCUGCCAUCUACAUGAGAAAUGCCAGCUGUCAUUUUCAGAAGGUCCUGCACAAGGGAUUUGACAGCUCCUCAGUUCUCAGGGUCUGCAACAGUUACUGGACUCGGGAGAACCCUAAUCUGAACAGUUCCCAGAGAGUGACUAACUUGCUGCUGGGGAUGGCCUCACAGAUUUCGGAGCUGGAGGACAGGAUAGUUGUUGAAGAUCUGAGGGAUUACUGGCCUGGCCCUGGCAAGUUCUCACGCACUGACUACGUGGCCAGCAGCAUCCAACGUGGCCGAGAUAUGGGGCUGCCCAGCUAUAUCCAAGCCUUACAGACUUUGAAGCUGAAGACCCCCAAGAACUGGACUGAACUCAACCCAGAAGUGGAAUCCCAGGUGCUGGAAACCAUAGCUGCCUUGUACAACCAGGACCUGUCUAGGCUAGAGCUACUCCCUGGAGGGCUCCUGGAGAGCUAUGGGAGCUCUGGACCUCUCUUUAGCACCAUUGUUCUUGACCAGUUUGUGCGGCUGCGGAAUGGAGACCGAUACUGGUUUGAGAACACCAGGAAUGGGCUGUUCUCCAUGGAGGAAAUUGCAAAAAUUAGAAACACGACUCUGAGGGAUGUGCUUGUGGAUGUCACCAAUGUGGACCCCAGUGCCCUGCAGCCCAAUGUCUUUGUCUGGGAAGAAGGUGCACCCUGCCCUCAGCCUCAGCAGCUCACACUGGAAGGCUUGCCUCCUUGUGCACCUCUGACCGUGCUUGACUAUUUUGAGGGCAGCGGUCCAGGUUUUGGUUUCUCCAUCGUGGCUCUCUGCUGUUUUCCACUAGUGAGUCUGCUCAUCUCCUGGAUAGUGGCCCGUUACAGGCAUCGAGAGCUCAAGAAGCUACAUAAGAAAGACAGAGACAGUGUGAAGAAGGAGUCAGUCAAAGAUGGAGUGCCAGCAAUGGAAUGGCCAGGCCCUAGGGAGAGUAGCUAUCCAGUCACCAUCCAGCUGCUCUCAGACAUGAGUCUGAAGGUCCUGGACAGCCGUCACUCUGUGCUCCGCACUGUGCAGCUGCGGCCCCCACAGCAGAUUAAUCUCAUCUUGUCUAGCAACUGUGGACGUCGCACCCUGCUGCUCAAGAUCCCCAAGGAGUAUGACCUGGUGCUGCUGUUUAACUCUGAGGAGGAGCGAGAGACUCUCGUGAAGCGUCUGCAGGACUUGUGUGUGUCCCAGGCACUGGAUCUCAGUGUGACUGAGAUGUAUGAGCAGGAACUCUUCAGGAAGGCUGUGACCAAGCAGCAACGGGGCUGCAUCCUGGAGGUCUUCUUCAGACACCUUUUUGCCCAGGUGCUGGACAUCGACCAGGCAGAUGCAGGGACCCUGCCCCUGGACUCAUCACAGAAGGUGCAGGAGGCUCUGAUGUGCGAACUGAGCAGAGUCGAAUUUGCUGAGUCCCUGGGCCUCAAGCCCCAGGACAUGUUUGUAGAAUCCAUGUUCUCUCUGGCUGACAAAGAUGGCAAUGGCUACCUGUCCUUCCGGGAGUUCCUGGACAUCCUGGUGGUCUUCAUGAAAGGCUCCCCAGAGGACAAGACCCGCUUGAUGUUCACCAUGUAUGACAUUGAUAAGAAUGGCUUCCUCUCCAAAUCUGAGUUCUUCACCAUGAUGCGUUCCUUCAUCGAGAUCUCCAACAACUGCCUAUCCAAGGACCAGCUGACCGAGGUGGUGGAAACCAUGUUCCAGGAUUCUGGCUUCCAGGACAAGGAGGAGCUGACUUGGGAGAACUUCCACUCAAUGCUACGGGACCAUGAAGAAUUGCUCAACAGCCUACAUCUCUGUGUCAGGGGUGGAGGUGUUAGAGACAUCUUUAAACCAAAUAUCAGCUCUCGAGUCUCAUUCAUCUGUCGGACUUCAGGAAAAUGCUCCUGCACUCAUACACUGGGGUCCCCUGCCUCAGAGACCUCAGAGUCGGGAGGUUCUGGCCUAAAGAAGAGGUUUGGCAAAAAGUUAGCGAAAACCUCUCCCCAACUAUACACGGAGGCACUGCAGGAGAAGAUGCAGCGGGGCUUCCUGGCCCAGAAGGUGCAGCAGUACAAGCGCUUUGUGGAGAACUACCGGAGGCACAUCAUGUGCACCGCCGUCUUCGCAGCCAUCUGUGCAGGCCUGUUUGCAGAGCGCGCUUACUACUAUGGCUUUGCCUCACCACCCUCGGGCAUAGCGGAGACCACCUUUGUGGGCAUCAUCCUGUCGAGGGGCACUGCGGCCAGCAUCUCCUUCAUGUUCUCCUACAUCCUGCUCACCAUGUGCCGAAACCUCAUCACCUUCCUGCGAGAGACCUUCCUCAACCGCUACGUGCCCUUUGACGCCGCCGUGGACUUCCACCGAUGGAUCGCCAUGGCUGCAGUUGUCUUGGCCAUUUUGCACAGUGCUGGUCACUUGGUCAAUGUCUACGUCUUCUCAGUCAGCCCCCUCAGCGUGCUGGCCUGCCUCUUCCCCAACACCUUUGUGAAUGAUGGGUCCAAACUUCCCCAGAAGUUCUCCUGGUGGUUCUUCCAGACUGUCCCAGGUCUGACAGGGGUGCUUCUGCUCCUGGUUCUGGCCAUCAUGUAUGUCUUUGCUUCUCAAUACUUCCGGCGUCGCAGUUUCCAGGGCUUCUGGCUGACCCACCACCUCUACAUCCUACUCUAUAUCCUGACCAUCAUCCAUGGAAGCUUAGGAAUGGUGCAGCUGCCCCGUUUCCACAUCUACUUCCUGGUCCCGGCGCUAAUCUAUUUGGGAGACAAGCUGGUGAGCCUGAGCCGAAAGAAGGUGGAGAUCAGCGUGUUUGAGGCAGAACUGCUGCCUUCAGGAGUGACCCACUUGCGGUUCCAGCGACCCCAAGGCUUUGAAUACAAGUCAGGACAGUGGGUGCGGAUUGCCUGCCUGGCUCUGGGGACCAACGAGUACCAUCCCUUCACACUGACUUCUGCACCCCAUGAAGACACACUCAGCCUGCACAUCCGGGCAGUGGGGCCCUGGACCAUUCGCCUCAGAGAGAUCUACUCACACCCGACAAGCAACGGUGUUGCCAGAUACCCAAAGCUGUACCUUGAUGGACCAUUUGGAGAGGGCCAUCAGGAGUGGCAUAAAUUUGAGGUGUCAGUACUGGUGGGAGGGGGCAUUGGGGUCACCCCCUUUGCCUCGAUCCUUAAAGACCUGGUCUUCAAGUCAUCCUUCGGCAGCCGAAUGCUUAAAAAGUGUAAAAAAAUCUACUUCAUUUGGGUGACACGGACCCAGCGGCAGUUCGAGUGGCUGGCUGACAUCAUCCGAGAGGUGGAGGAGAAUGACCACCAGGACCUGGUGUCAGUGCACAUCUAUAUCACUCAGCUGGCAGAGAAGUUUGACCUCAGGACCACCAUGGUGUACAUCUGUGAGCGGCACUUCCAGAAGGUACAGAACCGGAGUCUGUUCACAGGUCUGCGUUCUGUCACCCACUUUGGCCGCCCCCCCUUUGAGCCCUUCUUCAACUCUCUGCAGGAGAUUCAUCCACAGGUGCGGAAGAUCGGGGUGUUCAGCUGUGGCCCUCCAGGGAUGACCAAGAAUGUAGAGAAGGCCUGUCAACACAUUAACAGGCAGGACCGAGCCCAGUUCAUUCACCACUAUGAGAACUUCUGAGCCAGCACUCCCUGUCUCCAGCUUGCUAUCUGUGGAGCAGCUCUCUGUCAGAAUCUGCCUAGAGCCUCAGCUAGAGAGCUGGAAGAGCAUUUCCCUCAAUGGCCAACCUGACCCGGGUUCUGAGAAAGUAGAGAAGUCCCAGGAGAGAGUAGAGAUACCUGAUAUGAAGACAGAGCUCAGACCAACAAUCUCAAAGCCCUAUUCAGAAGCAAUGUGAUUCUUAAAACCUGAACAGCCCAACUGCCUUGGCCCAGUCUCCGAAGGCUUUCCCCUCCAAUUCCAAUGCACCCUCAUCACACACAUUCUUUCUACUCAGGAACCCUGAAGAGUAAACAGGGAGUAAAGAUGCUUCCUUAGCCCUGAUGUGCCUGUUGUCAGCCAGCAAUGCCCACUGACUGAUCUUUUGGCAGACCUCUGAAUUUACUGGAGCAGCCCCUAGACUAGAUUCUGAGACCAGGUGGGGUCUCUGCUCUCAGCCUCUGUCAAACAUCCAAAACUCCCUCUCAGUUUCCUACUACUACAGAAGUUGGGUGACCAGCUGUCCUAGUUAACCCUGGCCACUCCCAGUUUUAAAGAGACUUAAAGUCUCUUGUCCUAAAAGACCCUUCAAUCAAAUCAGAACAGUUGGUUUUUUCACCAGGUGCCAGUCUGUAAUGUUGCUUCCAUUCUUGAGUUUUUGUGAUUCUUACUUUUGUUUUUUCAAAUGACUCUUAAAAAGCUGAUCUUUAAUUUUUUUCUAAUUUUAUAUAUGGUUUGCCCACAAACCUUACUAGGUAGAUGUGUUACCACUACCCAAGUCAAUAGCUCCAUCAUUUUGGAAAUAUCCCUUGCUCCCCUUCUAGUUAGUCUUCCCUACCUCCUAGAAGCAACUACUGAUGUUAUUAGUGGAUUAAGUUGGUUAUGCUGAAGUCAUGUUCUUGAGACUGACUUCUUUCACCUAGCAUAAUGUCUUUGUCAUUC